GCGUUUUGUGCAACAAAAAUGUGUAUCAAAACUAUUAUCUUCGUCGCUGUGUUUGGUUUAUCGUAUGGGCAGCUCCAAACCCGCUCAUAUUCCUGCGUUAUUCCAUCGCUCUGCAGAGAUGGCAGUAUUAUCGAUCCUCGAAUUCUAAAUCCAUCUGGAGGAGGAGCAGCAUCUCCCAAUCCGUUGAGUGGAGCAGGUGGAGGCGGAGGCGCCAUGCCUAGUGGCGGUGGAGGAGGCGCUUUUCCUAGUGGAGGCGGUGGAGGAGGCGCUUUUCCUAAUGGAGGUGGUGGAGGCGGUGGAGGAGGAGGUGCUCCUCCAAGUGGAGGUGGAGGUUCUGCACCAGGUGCGCCAACGCCUUCGAUUGGCAUAAUUACUCAAGGUUCAGAUUGUUCCUCUGGAUACAUCAGGUGUACUUUGGUUACAUGUGGAACUCCCUCAACGCAGCCCAGUACUCAAGAUGGAAUUGCCACUCAAAACGCCUUUCCUUGGCAAGCUUUUCUCAUCAAUAACAACAACGUGGGUGUGAGGAACGGUUAUGCUGGAGGAGGUGUUUUGCUCGAUCAAUACCAUGUCUUGACGGCCGCUCAUAAAGUAACCAACUUAACAAGUGUGAGUGUUUCGAUGGGGGUUUACAGUACUGCCAACUCGGGCAACGUCCAAACGGUCCAAGUGGCUCAAGUGUGGAUACACAGCAAUUACGAUCAGACUUACUUGAAAAACGAUGUAGCGGUUCUGCGUUUGGCAACACCUUUUAAUAUAAAUAACAAUGCGAUGCCAAUUUGCUUACCGACGUCUGGCCGAAGCUACAUAGGCGCUACUAGCUCCUCCUGUAUCGUUUCUGGUUGGGGCCAAACCAGCUUCAGAGUUGAUGAUGCCCCCACUCAAAGCCUGAAGCAGGUACAUGUGCCGAUUGUAACCAAUGACGCCUGCACGAAUUCCUACUCAAACGUUCUUGGAGCCAGUAAUGCUGCAGCUUACUUAGAUUUUCCCAAUGAAAUAUGUGCUGGCGGGCAGAAUCAACUGGACGCGUGCACGCAAGACGGAGGCUCGCCAUUGGUCUGCUCAGAUACGGCGCCCACUUUCAACUUGGUAGGGCUGGUACUAUGGGGAAAGGACUGCGGUCAAAGCGGAAGAUACGGGGUGUAUCUCAAUGUUCCCUCGUAUGUUUCGUGGAUUCAGUGCACUAUUCAAUGCAUCCAAGGCCAGACCACUUGUAGUAACUGUCCGUCCAGGAGAAUUAUCUAACGUUGUUUUUUCAUUAAUUAUUAUUUAUUAUUACAAUACUAUUUAGUAAUUUGUUUGUGCAUGAUAAUUGAUGACGCUUUUUAGUCUUGGUUUGUCAUCAAUUUUAUCAAAAGUUUUGGUUGGGUCAAAUUAAUAUUUCUUUCACUCACGAAAAAUAGCCUUGCCAUUAAAUGGGAGCGAAUUGGAAUUGAAAUGUUCCGGGUUAGUUUUUGAAUUUAGAAAUCGUCUAGAUAAUGACCCCUUAUGAUAUAAUAUCUUCUUAUUCAAGCACAUGUAAGCAAGCAAUCGGUUGAUUCUUGGCAUUAGAUGCCUACCUACAGCAACCAAACUUGCUUUACAUUAUUGGAAAUUCAGUUUAGUAUGCGAUUUUUUUUAUUUAGCUAAACAUGUCUUAUAUGCCAUAUGAAUGCUGUAAAUAGUAUGCGUUUGUAAAAUGUAUGUAAAAAAAUAAAAAAAUAUUCUAAGAUAAGCGCUAUCAAACAUAUCAACAAAUUAUUAAUAAGACAUAUAUUUAUCAAUG